UGUGUUCAAAAUAAUAUAGGCGUUAUUCAAGGGCUAUUGAGGCAAAAGUACAAGCCGGGCACGAAAUUUGGUGGCGCCAACCAAUUUCAGAUCUCUCAACUUGAGAGGAUGAUCUCGGCCUUGUGUUGGAUUGCUCGAGAAGCUGCGAAGGAUGUUCCAGUUCUAAGUGAGCCGACGGAAGAAGAAUUAAAGGAAUUGAAAGAGGCAGCUCUGGCCGGAGCAGGAGAUGAGGACGAUGAUGAGAUCGAUGCCGACGAGGAGGACACGUCUGACGAUGAGGAUAUGGACGAGGCAGCGCAGGUUGAGAAAGCUAAAGCAAUGGCAGAAAUGCUCAGGCCCUCUGGAGGAGGCAAUGAGGAUGCCAAAGCAAGCACUUCUGCAGGGCUCGGCAACAUUGAUGCUGCUAUGGCAGAGCUAGACAUGGAGCAUUAUGAUGAUGAGGAAGGAGAUGUGCCCGGUCUGUUUGGGACGGGCAAGCAUCCUGGCAUGGCGUACCACAGCAGGGCUGAGGAUGAUCCCUACCUGGCAAAGGACAUUUCUGAUAGCGAUGACGAGGAACUCACCCUAAAAAAGACAGACUUCCUCAUUCUGGCUGCCAGGAAUGAGGAUGAUGUCAGCCACCUGGAGGUCUGGGUGUAUGAAGACAUGGACGAGACAGGAGAAUCGAAUCUCUAUGUGCACCAUGACAUCAUCCUGCCAGCGUUCCCUCUCUCUUUGGCGUGGAUGGACUGCAAUCUUGCAGACACAACUGCAACUGCCAAUCUUGCAGCGGUGGGAAGCAUCAGUCCAGCAAUUGAGAUCUGGGACUUGGAUGUCUUGGAUGCAGUGGAGCCGCUGGUAACUCUUGGUGGGGAGGCGCCAGCUGCCAGCACAGCAGAUGGAUCAGCCUCUGAGGGCGCAGCCAUAAAGAAGAAGAAGAAGAAGUCCAAGAAGAAGGGGCUGAGUGUGAAGGAGGGGAGCCACGAGGAUGCGGUGUUGGGCCUCUCCUGGAACAGGGACUUCAGAAAUGUCCUGGCCAGCGCAAGCGCAGAUAAGACUGUCAAGGUGUGGGAUGUGGCGAGCCAGCAGUGCCAGCACACACUGACUCACCACAAGGGCAAGGUGCAGGCAGUGGCAUGGAACCCCGCUGAGGCCCCCGUCCUGCUGUCUGGCGCCUUUGACAAGGUUGCUGCGCUGGCGGACGUGCGCGUGCCGGAUGGGCAGCCGCUGACGUGGAAGGUGAGCGCUGACGUGGAGGCGCUGACGUGGUCGCCGCACGCGCCCACCACCUUCCUGGUGUCCUCGGAGGACGGCCUGGUGUCGGCGUACGAUGCGCGCGGGGGGGCCGGCUCGGAGCCGCUGUUCCGGCUGGCCGCGCACGACGCCGCCACCUGCGCACUGUCCUUCAACCCGGCCGCGCCCAACCUGCUCGCCACCGCCUCCACCGACAACAUGGUGAAGCUGUGGGACGUGGCGGACAACAAGCCGUCGCUGGUGGCAGCGCAGGACCUGAAGGUGGGUGCCUGCUUCACAGCCGCCUUCUGCAGGGAGGCGCCCUGGCUGCUGGCUGCUGCUGGAGCUGCAGGGACGGUGGCGGUGUGGGAUGUGCUUACUAAUGCCGCGGUCAGCAACCGCUACAACAAGCAUCUCAGAAGGCAGACAGCUUGACACCAGGCACUGGGCAUGGCAAAGAUAGGAUUUGUGUGGAUUGUUGUACUCCUGAAAGCGUUCUCUCGAGCAACGCAGUGUGUACAGGCAAGCAAUAAUUUAAUGUGCUUGUAUUGA